UGAAUGAGCUUUGAUUCUCUCUCUUCUUCUUCUCUGAAGCAUCACAGAUACAUGCCAAAAAAACCCUAAGAAAGAGGGAUAACAGAUGAAUUAUUAGCUUACGAAGAAGAAGAAGCUGAAGGAGAAGAAAAAUUUGCAGCUCUAAUUAUUUUUUUUUAUUUGAAGGCUGUCAUAUAUGUGUAUAUAUUUAUAUACCUGAUUGAAUCCUGAGCAGUUUUUGUUCUAUAUAUAGAUAUUGUAAUAAUCUCUCUCUCGUAAAGCAAAAUGGGUAGAGGAAGAGUGGAGCUAAAGAGGAUCGAGAACAAGAUAAAUCGGCAAGUGACAUUUGCCAAGAGAAGGAAUGGGCUUCUCAAGAAGGCUUACGAACUCUCCGUACUGUGCGAUGCUGAGGUUGCUCUUAUCAUCUUCUCCAACCGAGGCAAGCUCUAUGAGUUCUGCAGCAGCUCAAGCAUGGCUAAGACAAUUGAACGGUACCAAAGAUGCAGCUAUGGAGCCUUGGAAGCAGAGCAACCUGCAAUGGAGACACAGAGGUGCUACCAAGAGUAUCUCAAGCUGAAAUCAAAAGUGGAGGCACUACAGCGCACACAGAGAAAUCUGCUUGGGGAAGAAUUGGAGCAGUUGGGGAUAAAGGAGCUUGAGCAGCUUGAACGUCAGUUGGACUCUUCCCUGAAGCAAAUCAGGUCGAACAAGACACAACAUCUGCUUGAUCAGCUCGCUGAUUUGCAAAGGAAGGAAGACAUGCUUCUGGAAACUAACCAUGUCUUGAGGUGCAAGUUGGACGAAAUAAAUAUAAGCCUUCAAUCAUCAUGGGAAGCUAGGGAGGGAAAUGAUUCAUACAGCCGCCAUCCUCCACAUUCCGAUGACUUCUUUGGGAUUGCUCAAUGCAGUCAUGCAUUGAACAUAGGCUUUGGUUCUGCAGAACCAAAUGCAGCUGCUGGAACAUCAGCUGGAACCUCAGCCCAAAAUGCAAGUGAGUUCCUGCCAGGAUGGAUGGCAUGAUAUAUAUAUAUAUAUAUAUUGAGCACUCCGCUUAAUUCAUCAUGUAAUUCUCUGAUGAUGGUGAUGGUGUUGAUGAUAAAUGAUGCAUUUGUAAUGAUCUUGUUCAUGAAACUGUAUCGCCUGGAAGAGCAGGCUACAAUAAAAAGUGUUAAUGAAAACCAUGCAACAUAGAAACCAUUUUGUAUUUAUUCCUUGCAAUAAACUUGUUUCCUUGACAAAAUUUGAUAUGAAAGGAGAGUGUGUUACUGUGUUUAGAUAAAUUGAGAACCUUAUGAAAA